GAAUUAGACAUUUCAAUGGAUCAAUAAUAUUCGAGUUUUCAGUUGAAUUUUAUCAUUAAAUUGUGUAUUAGAGGGGCGUUGGUAUCUCAAAUUGAUCAAGGAAUAGUUCAAAACCAUGGCAGACCCCUGGGUGAUACAGCCCCAUGAACACGCCAAGUUUGCUGAGCACUUUCGCAACUUGGGCCCCAUCAAUGGAACCCUGACUGGGGAGCAAGCCAAGAGGUUUAUGCUGCAGUCCCAACUACCCCCGCCAGUGCUGGGUCAGAUCUGGUCCCUUGCGGACACCAACGCAGAUGGGAAACUUGACCUGAAGGAGUUCUCCAUUGCUUGCAAGAUAAUAAACCUUAAGCUCCAUGGAAUUGAAGUGCCGAAGACUUUGCCGCCAUCUCUACUCGCAUCGUUGAGUCCAACAGGUGCUAAACAACAAUUCCCACCUCCGAAACCUCCGAUACCACCAAUGCCUAACCUAAAUCAACCGCUCAUAUCUAAUCUACCCCAAAUGCCCCCCCAAAUACCACCCCAACCCACCCAGAACCUACUGGGAGAUUUUAAUUCACCCUCUAUACCAGCAAAACCUCCAGUACCCGAUCUAAUAUCAGGAGUUAAACCCCCUGUACCUACCCAACCUAUAUUACCGAACAAUCAAUUGAUCAACCAAUCGAUGCCUCAACCGAUAGCUUCUCAACCGUUGAUCAAUCAGAUCAACCAACCACUGGUGUCAACCCAACCGUUAAAUUCCUCACUAAUCGGUCAACCGAUGAACACAACACAAAACUUAAACAACACAUCGCUAAUGUCAAGUCAACCGUUGAUUAAUACGUCAACUUUGAUAAACACGUCAGCUCAGCCGACGAAUCAAUUGAUCAACACCUCCCAACCUACUAAUCAGUUGAUCAACACAUCCCAACCAACAAAUCAGUUCGUCAACUCGACUCCACCGAAUCAAAUGAUCAACUCAACGCAAUCGAAUCAGUUGAUCAACUCAUCCCCACCGAGUCAAAUGGCCAACUCAGCGCCUUUAAUACCUAGCUCCCCUCCACAAGUACCUCCCAUGCCAUCUGGUGUGACUGCUAGCUCAGUGGUUAGUCCAACCAAGCCCGGGGUGACGAGUGUCGCAGGUUCGAUUCCCGGACAACCAGUAACAUCGACUCCGAUUACUGCGGUCAAGAGUGACUCGUUUUCAAAACCGGGGUCGUUGGUCACAAGUCCCACUGAAGUGCCAAUGGGGGUGGUAAGCCCCCCCCCAGCCGUCGAAUGGGGAAUUCCCCAGCCGCAAAAACUCAAGUACACCCAACUCUUCAACGCUACAGACCGCGCCAAGACAGGAUCAGUGUCCGGUGCCCAAGCACGCUCGAUCAUGCUGCAGUCACGACUUCCUCAGCAGACCCUGGCACAAAUAUGGGCGCUGGCUGACCUGGACUCAGAUGGGAAACUUGGCUGUGAGGAAUUCGUGCUGGCCAUGUACCUAUGCGAGAGGGCCACCCAAGGAGAGAAUCCUCCCGCCAAACUGCCCGUUGAGCUGAUACCACCCACCUUUAGACGCGACUCUAUAUCCAGCAUCGGUAGCAACAAGUCGUACGAGGAGAGAAGGAGAGAGAACCUCGCGCGGGGACAGGCGGAGUUAGAGAGACGCCGCUCUCAACUGGCUGACGCGCAAAUGAAGGAGAAGGAAGAAGAGGCGGAGAGAGAGCGUAAAGAAAGAGAAGAAGCGGAGAAGAAGGAGAAGCUACGUCUCGAAGCGCAGAAGAAGGAACAAGAAGAACAACUUCGAAAGCAGAAAGAAGAACAGGAAAAACGUGAAGCUGCCAGAAAAGAGAUGGAGAGGCAGUGCCAACUCGAGUGGGAGAAGAAAAGGACUAGGGAGCUUGAAGCCCUGCGCACCGAAGAGCAGACCAAGGUGCUGAGCCUGAAGUCCCGCAGCCAAGCCCUAUCCGCGGAACUGAGCUCGGCGACCCUCCGCGCGGGAAACCUCGCCAAGCAGAUCCGGGACACCAGGACUUCGGUGGCCGCCGCCAAGUGUACCAUCGACUCCAUGAGAUCGGAUCGCGAUACGAGCAUGUCGGAAAUGCAGCAGUUGAAAGCCAGGGUAAAGGAACUAAACGCCAAGCAAAUAGCUCUAAACAAAGAAAAAGCCGAGCUCGACGCUAAGGCGAAGGCCUCCGAAGGCGCAGGCGAAGACGGGAAGCUGAGUAUGAUGGAAGUGACCCUCAAACAAUUGAGGGAUAAGGUGGACACCGCCAAGGCUGUGGUGGAAAGCAAGAAGGCAGACCUGGAAGCCAACAAGGCCCAGCUCGCCGAGAUGACCGAGACUGUUACCCAGCUGAGUGAGAAGUGCGAGACAGUUUGGAAACUGUACGAGCAGAGAAGGGACGAGUACACCAAGAACAGGUCCACUGCUCCAGCGGAUUCUGCUUGGCAGGCUGAUGCAGAGUGGGGUACGUCAGAUGAUACUUGGGCGGAACCGCCCGCUACUGAAAAUGCUUGGGGAGACGCGCCUUCCACUAAUGCCGCAGAAGUGGUGUCGACCACCGCAGCGGUGGCCACUUCCACGCCAAAGUGGCGUUGCGUUUACGAGUUCUCAGCGAGGACAGUUGAUGAGCUGAGUCUACAGCCGGGUGAUUUGGUGAGCGAGGCGACCGCACCACGUGGUGACGCGGAACCCGGUUGGAAAUGGGGUACUGCCAGGGGACAAUCUGGGUGGUUCCCGGAGUCAUACGUCGAGGAUAUAAAUGCGAUGCAAGCUUACGCGGAAGUCAUCGAGCCCCUGGAGACAAAAACGCAACUUGAAGGUAUAGCGGAGGUACCUGAGGCGGAGAUAACGAACGAUUUAGGUGGAGCCAUGCCUGCUGUUGAGGGUGGUGAUUUCUACAUAGCCGCGUACCCGUACGUGUCAUCGGAGCCAGGAGACCUGACCUUCGAGGCUGGUGAGAGGAUCGAGGUGAUGAGGCGCGACGGAGACUGGUGGACCGGCCGGAUUGGGAUUCGUACUGGCAUAUUCCCAUCGAACUACGUAACCAAAGACGCCACCACAAGUGGCGAUGUGAUGUCCAGUAUACCCGAGGCCCGCGAACCGCCGGCCGAAACGCAGGACGCAGCGUUUACGCAACCGCAAACGCAAUCGCAACCGCAGCUCGAACCGCAACCCGAAGCUGUACAGGUACAGAUGCAACAAGACAAAUCAAGUGUACUGCACUCCCAGCCAGCGUCAGAGCGCUGCGGUACCUCGCCGCCAUACCACGCGGAACUUGUACAGAAGAUGCAACAAGAGAAAUCAAGUGUGCUGCAGUCCCAGGCAACGGAGCCAUGCCCUACCUCGCCGCCUUACAACACAGAACUCGUACAGAAGAUGCAACAAGACAAAUCGAAUGUACUGCACUCCCAGCCAACAGAGCCCUGCCCCACAACACCGCCAUACCACGCCGAACUCGUACAGAAGAUGCAAGAAAAAUCGAGUGUACUGCACUCCCAGCCAACAGAGCCGUGCCCUACGUCGCCGCCAUACCACGCAGAACUCGUACAGGAGCAAAAGUCCUCGACCCCUAUAUCGUCAGAGGUGGCAGCUAUUACAGAGUCCGCAAGUGCCCCCGGAGGGCCUCGCCCGGCCUCCUCCGCCCGGAGGGACUCGGGAAGGGACUCGGCGACCUCCCGACGCAAACACGAAGUCGCUCAGGCCUUGGCGAACUAUACCGCUACUAGCUCGGAGCAACUCUCCCUGGUGAAAGGACAGCUGCUGAUUGUGCGGAAGAAAGCGGACAGCGGCUGGUGGGAGGGGGAACUACAGGCUAAGGGUCGGAACAGACAGAGCGGGUGGUUCCCCGCGAGCUAUGUCAAGUUAUUACAGUCAUCCGGUCGAACGUCUGGAAGGACUACGCCUGUGAUGUCAAAAAUGGACACUGUACCUACUGAGACUGUCAUCGAUAAGGUGAUAGCUCUUUACCCGUACACGGCGCAGAACGCGGACGAGUUGAGCUUCGAAAAGGACGACAUAAUCGCAGUCACCGAUCGCUCGCAAGACCCCGCGUGGUGGCAAGGCGAGCUUCGUGGAAUGACAGGACUAUUCCCGAGCAACUACGUCACUAAGUUAGUCAACUAAAUAACAUAUUUAGUUCCACUAAACUAAACUCAUUAUCGAAUACAAUAAUAUGAUCGUUCUAAUUCAUAUAGAAUUUGCUCAUAUAGGAUCAAAGUAGAUGUCAUUUAUUGAAGAAAUACUAAAGAAAAAAAAAUGUUUAAAAAAAACAAGUCCGUAGUUUCCUGUAAAAAGGCUUUUAUUUUGACUUUGUUAUUAUGUAUAAAAAAAGUUAAAUCUGCUGUUAAUUUUUUGUUAAAUUAAAGAUCCCUCGAGACUGUCAAACUUUUAUGGCUACAAACGAGAUAAUUAUGUCGACCAUUUUCUAGUUUCAAUGAGAUAAGACAAGAUGUAACACCUCAAAUUCCAUGUCCUAUUGGAGAACAAGUUUGGUUUUCGCCAAGCCAAAUUGACCGUCUCGGAGACACUUGAGAGAAAUAAAUAAAAGUGAAAUGGUACAUCCAUUACAUUUAAAACUAUUAUAGACACU